CAGCAGAGUAGAGAACAAGGAAGCAACAUGUGCGAAACAUAAUAACUCCAACGAAGCACCAGAGCGGACCAAGAGGCGAACACGAACCUAUUCUAAGUUUCCUUCUAAAAGGACACGUUUUUAUUAAAGAAAAAAAAUGAAGAGAGAAGUAAAAGCCGGAGUCGACUUCAUUAAGCGCCUGGUGGUGGCCCGAGGGAAGCUUGAUGAAGCCAAAGCAGAGCUGUUCUCUCAGAAGCUGCAGAAACUUUUAUCUGACAAAUACUGUGACCAUUGGUAUCCUGACAGCCCUAGCAAAGGCCAGGCUUACAGAUGUAUCCGGAUAAAUAACGGUGGACCUUGUGAUGAGGUGGUGCUUAAGGCCUGUGAGGAGAGCGAGCUCACGCCCAGCAAACUCGGGCUUUCACCAGAGAUAACGCUUUGGAUCGACCCACUGGAGGUGUCUGUAAGGUCUGGGGAAAACGGCAGACCAUUUACAGUAACUCAGUUCAGCAAAGAAGAGGAGACCACAGAAGGCCAGGACGACUCCUCCGUAACCCUAGACACGUCUGAUUACCACUCAGCUACCUCGUCAGACUGCAGCUCUGCCUCCUCCAGCGACACAGAGGAGGAAGCCAAGGAUGGAGAGCUGAAGGAGCAGAGGAAACUGGCGGAGCACGCAAAAAAGGAGGCAGCAGAAAGCAACGCCUCCACAGUGACGAUGGUGCCCAGGAUCCGCAAGGGGAACGGAGACGCACAGAAUAAAGUCAAAUAUGUCAGAAAGAAGGUUCCAGCCAGCCUCCAGUACUUCUACCAUCCCACACCGGUUUGGUCCCAGUAUAAGAAGGGCGCUCCGGUGUUUCUGACCACAGUGUGUGCUUCCACAACGACGCCUCCUCCACCCCAGCAGGUUUUUGGUUACUACAUCGUGCCGCAGCCGUCUCCACAGUUCAUUCUGCCUCAGGCCGCCAUGCAGCCGUGGGGAGCAGUGAAGGGUUAAAGCGUCCCAUCGAUGCGGGGAGGGAGGGGUGAAGCCAGGCGGAGCAUUAUGCCUCUCGUUUAACUGAGCCAUGUAGUGAAGAGUGUUUGAGUUUAGCUACAAUAGUGCUACAAAGAGUACAUUUUUAAAAAUUAUCAUGUUUAAAGCCAUGUCUUGCACAUUCUUUAAUUCCUCUGCUAACUUGUAGUUUUUAUACCACUGAACAAGAGCUAUGACUUUUUAAUCUGCUAGUGUCUCUGCACUGCAUCUUUUUUGUAAAAUUACUUAAUUUAUUUAGAAUAACUUCAAUCACAGAAUACGUGGACCAUCUCAGGAACUCUCAGCAAUAUGCUUUAUGCCAAAGAAAUUUAUAAUGUAAUGAUCUUUACCAAACAAGGUUCUCUCUGCACAUGAUACUGCUAAUCUUUGUAAAAUGCAAUUCAGGGUCUCCAUGUAUUUUCCUUACAAUGGCAAUUCUGUAUAUUAAGACUAUGAUUUCUACUAAACAGCUUGUGUAUAUAUAUAUAAGAACUUGCAUAUGCACGCUUUCUAAACUUUGUAUUUUGUAAUUUAUUAUCACACCAGUAGAUGGUGCUCAAGUUGCAUUUAUUUAUAGUCCGCUAUGUUUUUCAUGAUGAUCAGCAUCUGUAUAAUGCCGUACAUUACCUCUUUCUCAUUGCUUUGCUUUUUAAAUUAUUGUAAAUUAUAAUUAUCUGCUGCAGCUAUAUAAAAGGAUGCAAACACCUGCUUUACUCACUAAACUCUGUGACGACUUGGAUGAAUAUUUAUUCAGUGUCUUGACAGUUUUAAGCUUGUGUUCAUUGAUUUGUUUACCAUUCAAAAGUACCUCUUUUACUGCAGAUUAAAACAAACUUUUACUCAAAUG